AUGGUGGAAACAUGCGACGUGGUUGUUCUUGGCGCCGGAAUAUCCGGUCUCGCGGCUGCCAAAGUUCUUACCAAAGAGGGACUCCGCGUGAUUGUGCUUGAAGCCCGUGAUCGUCAUGGUGGUCGCAUUCAUACUAUCUUUCCUCAACUUGGCGACAACCGACCUUCCUUCCCUAUUGAUCUGGGUGCUAGCUACCUACAUGGCUGUUGUAGCGAUCAGGAGGUUCAGCCGCUCUUCGCUCUCGCGCAUCGACUUAAGAUCACCAGCAUUACUUGUCCUGGAGAUACUUUGGGCCCCUAUCGGGGUUGGGAGUGUCCCGAGGUAGCCGUAUGGAGGGAUCCCGAGACUGGAGAGAAAAUUGAUCUUGCACAGGUGGCUCAGAUGAGCUUCCUUCUUGAUCGAUGUCUUCUGCAUUCACUCAUGCUUACGUCCAAGGAGGCCUCUUCUAAUCCACUCAAACCUCUCAGUUUGGCCCACGUUCUGGAUCUGUAA